AUGCCUUCUCACUCGUCGCACCUGCUGCAGCCGCUUGAUGUGGGCUGUUUUGGCCCUCUGAAGAAGGCGUACGGGGGCGAGGUCAAUGAGCUCAUGCGCAACCGGAUCAACCACAUCACAAAGCAGGAGUUCCUGUUAGGCUUCAAAGCGGCUCACAACAACAUCCAGGGAGGGUUCCAAGGCGCUGGAUUGGUCCCUUUUGACCCAGAACGGGUUAUAUCAGUCCUUGAUGUGAAGCUGCGCACUCCAUCACCACCACUCCCCACCAACAAGGAGCCCUGGCAGUCGCAAACCCGAAGCAAUACCCUGGAGUUUGAGUCGCAAUCAACCCUGAUUCGAGACAAGUAUAAGAGGGAGCAGGGUAGCUCACCUACUUCUGUUCUAAGCGCGAUUGAGCACAACGCAAAGAGGGGAGCUAGGUAUCUACUGUACGCACACGGACACGUUGUGGCUUUCUGCGUCGCGGCACCUGUUGCUUCACUGCCGUGCAGCCGAUGUUGGAUCGACAUUAACGCGUCCUGGGAGGUUGCUGUGUUCUUGGUAUCCUUCGCAAUUCUCGCAUUCUUCGCACUCGUCGAAUUCUUUGUCCAGCGGCGAGGAUCCAGCCAAGCCAAUACGCUGCGUUCAAGCAAACAAACGGGAGAACCUCGGCGCCUCGUUUGUCCAUGA